CGACCAAUGAAAACGCGCUACCGAGAUUGUAGUUCGCUAAAUUUGCGCCAACGUAUUUUUACCUGUGUUCCUGUUGACGUACAUGCGAAAAAAUAACUUCUUACAAUAACACGUCUGCUCCUUUCCAACGGUAGAAAUUUUAUCCAUGUUUUUUAAUUCCACUAGUAACGGAGCGAAGAGAUUGUUGAACAAUUUAUAAUUAAAAAGUUUAAGUGAAAAUGCCUGCAUAUAAAGUAAAAGUAAAAUGGGGACGUGAACUUUUUCCGGACAUAGAAGCAAACACAGACGAAGAACCAUUGUUAUUCAAAGCCCAAUUAUUUGCAUUAACCGGAGUGCAUCCCGAUCGUCAAAAAGUAAUGUGUAAAGGAGGUAUUUUAAAGGAUAAUGAAUGGAACCUUCAAUUGAAAGAUGGUGCAACUGUGCUACUCUUGGGAUCUAAAGAACAGGUUCCCGAAGAACCAGUAACUCCUGUAAAAUUUAUAGAAGAUAUGAAUGAUGCAGAAAUGGCAACAGCAGUAAGUAAAUUAUCAAGUAAAAUAAAAAAUUUGAAUGAUAAAAUAUGUGAUAAAAUUCUUAAGAUGGAACUGCCUGCUGGUCUUACGAAUUUAGGAAAUACUUGUUAUAUGAAUGCAACCGUACAAUGUCUACAUGCAGUGCCUGAGCUACGUGACGCUCUUGAUAAAUACCGAGUGGACAGUGAAGAUGCCGGUUCGAUGUCAAUUGCAAUGGCUUCAGCUAUGAAAUUUUUAUUUAAGCAAAUGGAACGGGGCAGUACAGUGACGCCAAUAAUUUUGUUACAAACGUUACAUCGGGCAUCGCCACAAUUUUCACAAGUUGGUGAGAAUGGCACCUAUCGGCAGCAGGAUGCCAAUGAAUGUUGGUCAGAAUUACUGAAAAUGUUGCAGCAAAAAAUUCCAGCUUCUAAUGACAAAGCAAUUGAAGGAAGCGACGUUAAAAAGUACAAUUCAUUUAUAGAACAAUACUUUGGUGGUUCCUUCGAAGUUAAGAUGAGCUGUGCCGAAACCGAAGAUGAGGAGCCAACUAUAGCUAAAGAGCAAUUCCUUCAACUUAGCUGUUUUAUAUCAACGGAAGUAAAAUAUAUGCAUAGCGGUUUGAAAUCGCGAAUGAAAGAGCAAUUGGUAAAGCGAUCCGAAUCUUUGGGACGAGAUGCUAAUUAUAUUAGAACGUCUUUAAUCAGUCGCCUACCAGCAUAUUUAACAAUACAAUUUGUUCGUUUUCAAUACAAAGGAAAAGAGGGUAUUAACGCGAAAGUUUUGAAAGACAUAAAAUUUCCAAUCGAAUUUGAUGCAUUUGAAUUAUGUACCCCGGAACUGCAAAAUAAGUUAUGUCCUAUGAGAGCUAAGUUUAAAGAAGUUGAAGACAAAAAUUUGGAAGGCAAUAUUAAAGCUAUCGCUGAAGAUAAAAUUAUUCCAACUGAAGUAGAAAAAAAUGUAGAAACUGAAAACUAUUGGUUCGAAAAUGAUCCAGGCAGCAAUAAUUCAGGAUUCUAUACUCUUCAUGCUGUAUUAACACAUAAAGGACGUUCAAGUUCUUCUGGUCAUUAUGUAGCUUGGGUAAAACACUCCGGUGAUAUCUGGUUUAAAUUUGAUGACGAUGUGGUUACUUCCGUAACUACUGAUGAUAUACUACGCCUAUCAGGAGGUGGAGAUUGGCAUUGUGCCUAUGUACUUUUGUAUGGACCAAAGUUGCUGAAGAAACAAUGAAAUUAAAUAAUAAAUGCAAAUAUACGUGUGAGACUCCUGA